CAUUCACAGCCGAGGGUUCUUCCUUAAGGGCUCUUAACGAAUGAUUGAUAUUGAGGUUGAUUUUCAGAUGAGCGUGACAUAGCGGAGCUUUGGUGUUGUUUCGAACUGCUUUCUCCGUAACGAUUGUACUGGAAAGAAAAAAAGUGAAUAGUCCUCCCUUCCUCCUUUCUAUCACUACACCAGCAUUCACAAGGGUCGGCCUCCUUUCCCCUGGCAUCAAUGCUGCUCAACCAGUGAAAUGAGUUUUAGUUUACUUCCCAAUAUUCUCGUGUUCAGCUUGAAGCAGGUUUCUCUCUCAUGAAAUGUGCUUUUUGUGAUAAAUUCGUACUUUCAACUUUAAUGAAUUAACCAUGGAAACAAAACAAAGUAUUAGCGAAAAUGCUUCUGAGAGAGAAUCAAGUCUUUCAACCUGGGAAGAUGACGAUUUGAAGUUUGGAUGUGAGAGAUAUUCACCACUAAGAAAUUCUCAAAAGAAUGGAGAAAAAACAACAUUUGAAAAUUUGUCAACCACUAACAUUCCUGGAACACAUGGCCUAAGUAGAUCAUGCCAACUAACGAUGGAUAAUCAUAGUAGAACGCCUCGGGAUGUUAACCCUUUAGUAGAAUUGAAAAGAAAAAAACCGCGAGCUUCUGCGAGGGAAAGAAAUCUCCGGCGUCUGGAAAGUAAUGAACGCGAACGACUGCGAAUGCAUGGAUUGAAUGCGGCAUUUGAGGAAUUAAGAACAGUUAUACCACACAUUCAAGUAGAAAGAAAACUUUCCAAAAUCGAGACCUUAACUUUGGCCAAAAAUUACAUCAUGGCGCUUACAAAUGUGAUUUGUGACAUCAGAGGUGACGAAAAACCUUACAGAUUCGUUACAACAGAAAUGAGUGGUAGUGAUUGCGACGAAGAACAUAUCAGCGAUGAACAAGUUAGUGCCGCCGACGACUAUGAGAAGCAAGAUUCUAACCGCUAGAAUUAAUAGCAUAUUUUUUCUAUCAAAUUGAAAAAAAGGAAAAUGGUGUGAUAUAAUUUGCUGACUUUAUGCAAUUCUUACAAAUAUACAGUUUGUUUUUCAUUUAA